AUGUCGCACUCUUUUAAUCAAAACAUCAGACCUGCACCAACGCAUCAACGAGUCUCUCGAGAAGAAACCUCCAAUCAUCAUCAGUCGGUUCAACCUUCAUCAGUAGGGGAGACAGCUCACCUUUCAACUCGUUUACCUCUCUAUCCGGAUUUUUCGAGUCAAGAUGUUCUGGAUCGCGUCAAUUCUAUCACAACUUCGACACUUGCACCAGCAAGCACUUUGGCACCACUGAGCUCGAUUCCUGACACUAUGUCUACACAUCCGUCUCAUCUCCACAAUGGGCCGGAAGUCAUUCCCCGUCAUCUACGACCAAGAAGCGGCAAUUAUCGUUCUCUCCCUCCCGCUGGACAAGACACUGGGGUAACACAUACACCAACAAGCGGCGCGAAUCGUUCUCCCCCUCCAGCUGUACGAGACGCUUCGGUACCACAUACACCAGCAAGCGCUGCACCUGAUCAUUCUUUCCGCUCAACGGCUUGGGACAAUCCGGUAGCUUAUGCAACAGAUAAUAGAUUGCCGUAUCCUGUCAGUCGCCCUCAAACUGCUCCAGAUAACUCCAUGUCGCAACAUGCACCAGCAGGUGGCAGAUCCAAUUUAUAUCCCUCCCGCCCAGCGGAUUCAGAAAACCCCCUAGCAUAUGCAUCAAAUAAUGAAUCGCGAUAUUCUCGCAAUGCUACCCGAGGUGUUUCUCAGCUGAGCAUAUUGGAAGAUCUUCGCCGUGACCAUCAGAUUGUCCUAGAUGAUCGUGUGUUACGUCAUAUAAGCCAUGUUUCCCAAGAAGUUUCAGACAAUCGCGCCCCGCAUCAAACAUACCCCCAAGGCCAAUACCCCGCAAUCGAAACGUCUAGCUCGUACAGUGUAGCACAACGUUGGGACUCAAACAUUCGUCCAUCUGCCUACCAAGAACCCUAUCGUCCCUAUGCAAAUAAUGGACCAAAUUAUUCUGGACAGUAUCAGGAGCCUGUUCAAAGUGGCAGAUCCAUGCCGGCAGGAUAUGAUGCACCUCCCCACCAUUCUUUCCGUGAUGGUAGAGACUAUUCGCAACAACCUCCUGCUCCUCCUACAUAUCGACACCAUUCUUAUCAGGAUAGUAGAGGCUACCCACAACAGCAACCCCCUCCUCCAACUCGACACCAUUCUUAUAAUGAUGAAAGAGGCUAUUCGCAACAGCAACACCCUGCUGCACCGUCUCAUCAUUCUUAUCAAGAUAACAGAGGCUAUCCACAACAACAACUCCCUCAUCCAUCUCACUAUCCUUAUCAUGACGGUAGAGGAUAUCCACAAGAUCAACCUCCUGCUGCACAACCGCCUCUAAGACAGAGUGCUCCUAGGCAAAGAACCGCAAUCGCAUGCAAAUAUUGCAGAAGACGCAAGAUUCGUUGCUCAGGUUUUACCGCUGAUGGCUCCGGAGGCCAAUGUACUAAUUGUGCCCGCUUCAAACAGGAAUGUGUUUUUACUCCUGUAUCCUCAGCACAGGCAUUUGUACCUCUUAUUGCCCUGACUGAGGCGCUUAAUGGCAGAGAUAUAAAUCCGGGUGUUUUUGGUGCUCACGGGCAACGACUGCCAGGUGACUCCACGAAUCAAAACCCUGGGGAACCGUAUCAAGGAUAUCAUCCACAACAAGCCGCGCCCGGGCCACAAAUGCCAUACAAUCAUCAACAAAUGCCACAGCAGGUGGCCCAUUAUCCGCCACAAAAUGCCGCCCAAUAUGCGCCCCAACAUAUGCAACAGCGUGUUCACCCAACACAUCUCCCACCUAUGAACAGAUCGCCUCAUGAUCGGGAUACCUUGCCUUCUCCGACAGGCUCAAUACCCCGACAAACACCUCUAACACAUCUCCCUUCUUUGCCUAACAGAUCACCAUAUGAUCAGGGUAAUACCUUACCCUCUCCGACAGGCUCAAUACCUCGACAAACACCUUUAACACAUCUCCCUUCUUUGCCUAACAGAUCACCAUAUGAUCAGGGUAAUACCUUACCCUCUCCGACAGGCUCAUUGGAUUCUCAAAAGCGUAAGCGCGAGGCAGAUGAGCACCACUUUGCUAGAGCGGCGCCACCUGCCCCUGGUCAGUUCUCCGGAUACAGCCGAGAGAAUAAUGCUCCGUCCCGCAUAUCAUCAUCCCUUCAAGAGCAAUACCAACAUCGUGCCUUCGUUCAAUCCACUCCUACUCGCCAAUAUGGACACCAACAAGGAGAGAACGCUCUAGCAUACCGACCUAUGGAAGAUGGUCGACAAUCGACCCAAUGGGCCUCGGUCAACUCGAAUGAAGCACCACGAAAUAAUCCCUCUCCGAAUGGUUCAUCGUCAUCAUUUCAUUCCCAGAAUCCAAGCGGCCAUCACCAACCUAGUCAGGUAUCUCCUUAUCGAUCCGAGUCUGCUCAAUUUCCUCUAGCAUCCCCUGCUAGAACAAACUCUGGAGGUGGAAAUUAUGAUCGAGUGGCAAGAGAAACUGAACGUCCUAAUCAGAUGAACAUCGCAAAUAUUGUGGAACCCGAUGACAGUGAUGUUGACCGAGAUAUGCUCAGACGUUUGGGUAGUAAUAGACCUUAG